AUUUCCAUCGUCCUCCAGCUUGUGUAGCGGUCGACAUGUCGGCUAUCAUUGGCGGCUGGAUCGGCAAGCUCUUUCUCCCAAGCCCAGCCUCUCGCUUGCCCUCUGCACCUGGCUUUCCCCCUCAGCCUUUACGCCUCACGACACCGACAGCGACUGACCAGGGCUCGACCUCGACCAAAAGGUCUCGUAACGCCGCGAUCAGUGCCCUCGACAAGCUUAGGAAGGAGUUCGUUGGAGACGUCGGCUGCUUCCUGACCGGCUACUCCUGCAUUUCGCUUGAGGUUGCGCAUCUUGUGAACCCUGUCCGCAAGAAAGGUGAAGAAGCCGAAGUGACCAAGCAUCUAACCACUGUGUUGGGCAUUACUCGCCAGCAAGGAAACUUUAGCCUUGACUCCAUCGAGAAUCUUGUUCUUUUGUAUCCACCGUACCACCGACACCUCGACGUCUACGCCACCUACGCCCUCACGCUAAGCGAGCACUCGCUGCAAGCCGUAAUCCAGAUAUUGAAUGCCACUAAUCAGAAGUGGGAGGAUUUGACAGAGAUAUAUACCGAAAACCCGCCUCCACGAACUAUCGACUGGUUGGACCCAGUGCUGUCUCGAUUAAACUACGACAUUAUCAUCCUACAUCCCUCCUUCUUUCUUCUCCCCGAUCAGCCUUUAAUCGCCCUCGAACAACACAGCCCUCGAACGUACCGCCUCUGGCAGGUCACCGGUGGAGAACUCCGUCACUGGCAAGCGCCCGACUCCGACCCCUACCCUCCCUUUUGCUACACCUCUCGCAAUCAUCCGGACAAAACCGUGAAUCCUUUCCUGCUCAUCCUCAAUGCCGCAUCGAAACUUGAAUAUCAUCGGAGGCACUACAGUUUUGAUAAUUUGACGGAGCGCCAGCGCAGACUCGCCGAUCUCACCUUGGAGGCAUAUACCCUCAUAUACUACCGCCCUCCGCUCUUUGCAGUUAAACUUGCGGAAGGAAUGUACACGACCGUUCCUCCUGCUGUGUCUCCUCUCCUCGCUCUGGCGAGCACUUCACGAGACGCGAAUGAUAGCGGUGGCACCCCCUUCGGCGGUGGCGCUGGGAUUGAUCGAAUGGAGGAGGAUGAGAACGAGGAUGAUGAGGAAGAGAGAAAUGAUAGUGAUUCUGAGAGUGAUAGCGAGGAGCUUAGUACGGAUGAGGUGUACGGUAUUGUGACGAAAAUUGAAGACCCCCGUACUACGCUCGAUGAGAGAAAGGAGCUGGGGUUGCUCUUGCUCAGCGGCGGAAGAUCCUAUCGCCCUCUUCCCAUACUAUCUGGUAUGGAAUUAUCUGCAGAGCCUGGUCUUAUCGGUGGUGAAGGGGAAGGGUCAUAGUGGUGUUGUUGCUCGUUCUAUUUCUUGUACAGUGUCGGAAGCAUGUGUGUUUCUCGAAUGGACCUACUUCCCUCCUUUCUGUCCUCCUUUCAUGAAAUUUGUAUUCCUUGUAUUUUGUCGACUGAGAGAGCAUGACAAUUCGAGUCGAAUCCUUACCGUACUCAGUAUAUGG